AUGUUCGGGGACGCGUUUAACCGAUUCAUGAACGACAUCAACAACACUUAUCAAAGCUCAGUGAGGAUCAACGGAGUGCCACAUUUGCACAGCCAGACUUCGACUUCACGUUCACGCAAUUAUCCUCAAAAUCAUCCACGUCAAGACCCAUCCAGUUCUCGUCAUCAUCAAACCCAUGGUCAUCACUCUUCAUCGUCACGAAGAAGAACUUCCUCUUCAAGCUCAAGUGGCAAUUCUCGUCAGAUGAACUUCGGCCAGAUCGAGUCAUCACUAGACCAGAUCUUCAGUGGCAUGGAGCAGAACAUAAACGCUAGAAUCGAAUCUAUGUUUGAUUUCAACAACUUUCCUUAUGGAAACAGUCACAACUCUAGAACCCGCACUACAUCGUCGUCUUCUUCAUCGUCCCGAAACCAAAAUCGGCAAGAGCAAAGGGCUGCAGACCGACGCGAUGGACAAACUCGGUCAGCGAGAUCUUUAUACAAUCGAUUGAAUGAGAUAUCCCGUACGAUUGAUAGAGCCAAUCGAGAAGAGAGAGAAAGAAGAAGAGAGAGGAGAAUGCGACAAGAAACGCAAGAUCGACGAAAUCGAGGGCAUCGCGAAGAAGGUCGAUCAUCGCGAAAUCGCGGCCUAACAGAUGACCAAAUCAAAACCCUAAAACGGCACGAGUACACAAAGCAGGACGACGAGUGCACGAUUUGCAUGGACGACUUUGUCAUGUCUUACGUAGUACGAACUCUUCCCUGCAAGCAUUACUUUCACGCUGACUGUAUUGACCCUUGGCUGCGGCAAAAUGCCUCAUGCCCGACUUGCCGUGCAAAUGUAGUUAUUCCAACUUAG